AUGGGUUAUGGAAUCCCUUCUGUAAAUGCUGAUGGAGAGAAAAAUGCUUUCCCAAUGGCUGCUGACCCAGUAACAAUGAAUGACAGGGCUGAACUACCAGCAUCUCAAAAUGGUUUUGAUGCAAGUUCUUAUGCGCUACAUUGGAAAAGUGCAAAUCCUUCAUCUUCCGCUUCUCUUGUCCCUGAAGCGCAAACAAGACACUGGCACAUCAAAGUUAAAACGGGCAUGUUGUUCUUGAAGAAGAUUUUGCAUGUCGGCACUAUACUACCAGAAGGCACCAUGUUUGCACGAGCUGAUAUGCCAAAGCCUGAUAGUUCAGUCUCUACCCCAUUGGAGCCAAAGUAUUUCGCAACAAUUGUAUCACGCUUCAAGAUACCUUACAACUCCAUGAAGGCAAAGCAGGUAGCCGAGACCCUUCAUUCAUGCGUCAAUCCUAUUGACAGGGAAGAGCCUCACGUGUGCACCUCAUCUCGCAAAGCAAUGGCAAGGUUUGCCACUACGGCUUUAGGAUCAAACCUCACAGAAGCAGCCUUGACAAAGAUUCAUGGGCAUGAAAGCCUCACAACUAGGUACGUUGUGGCACAGAUCGCCCAACUCAGCAAUCAUACAGUGGCAUGCCACCCUAUGGAUUUUCCAUAUGAGGUGUUUUAUUGCCAUCAGCCAAAAGAAGUGCAGGCUUUGAGGGUGCAACUCAAUGAUAUGAAAAAUGGCAUGGCACGUGUUACAGCUACUGUCAUGUGCCACAUGAACACAUCCAACUGGGACAAGGAGUACUUUGAAUUGCUGGGCGGAGAGCGCGGUGAACCAGUUUGCCAUUAUAUGCCUCAGAAUUACAUCAUGUUCUACUAG